AAUAAGCUUUCAAAUAAUUUCUUUACGCGGCCUUCGAAAUAUAAUUGAAGGAAAAGAGACCCAUCGAUAAACCGAAUUUUCCUUGUAAAUGAUAUCAGUAGCCUAUAUUUCCAUUUCUCGUAUUGAACCUGUUCGAAAUAUGUAAAUCUAUUCACGACAAAUUUUUUCAUCACUGUUCGAUUAUGAUGAAGUGAAUCUUCAUUAUGUUUCCGCUUCCUAUAGCUCGUGAAUAAUGUUGCCUACGGAUAAGAUAGUUCAAUUUCUGGUACUGUUGUUUGGAUCCCUCAAUGUCAUCAACAGUGGAAUGGUAUACGGUUGGCCAUCAGCGUCUUUGCCGCAACUUCUUGAUCCUUUGAGGAAUGGCACUGAGAUCAACCUAACGACAUGGCAGGGCUCCUGGUUAGCCAUAGCCCCUUUCCUGGGGGCUCUUCUAACAGCCCCUCUCUCAUUCUCAGCAGCAAGUCUUCUCGGUCCAAAGAAAACGAUAAUCUUCACGUUCUACCCUUACAUAAUCUCUUGGAUAGUCGUCGCUGUAGCCAACAGCUUCGAGAUGCUGUUCUUCGCCAGGUUGAUAGCCGGAAUGUCGGAUAGCUGCAUAUUCAGCACGUUCCCAAUCUACAUAGAUGACAUCUGCAACACCGGAUCCAAAAGAAGGUUCUAUUCCCUAUACCCGAUAAGUUUCGCAUUCGGUAUACUCAUAGUCAAUCUGAUAGCGAACGUAUGUUCGAUAUCGGACACCGCAAUGAUAGCUUCGCUCAUGAUAUUUUUAUCGUUUUCUGGGAUAGUUAUCGUGCCAGAGAGUCCCUAUUUCCUCCUGACAAGAAACGAACCCAAUCAGGCUAGACAAGCGUUGAGGUACGCCAAGAACAAGGAUGAAAUAGAGGAGGAGUACGAGAAACUAAAGGACCAAGUCCUUUCUAGGGGCGAAUCUGAGUUGAGCCUUGAAAAAAUCUUUUCGGUACCCAUCAGGACGAAUCUGGGGAUAGGGAUGAUCCUUGUAUCAGCCCAACAGUUAUCAGGAAUCACACCAAUAGUCUCUUACAUAACCACAGUUCUGAAAGAAACAGACGUACAAUUUUUUUUCGACCCAAGCUUGAGCAUCAUCCUUUUCGCUCUCCUUUUUUCCAUGGCGAUGUUCAGCGCCCUCAUAUCGGACUCGAAAAACGGCAAAAACUUCCUGUUGUGCUCCCUCCUGAUGUCUUCAGUGUCCCUAGUGUCAAUUGGGCUCUACUUUCAAAGCGUCGAUUUCAGAAACGAUUUUUCACUCCUCUCGACCAUACCCAUAGCCGCCCUAUUGAUAUAUACCAUUUUUUACGGGUUGGGCUUGCAGAACAUACCGUACGUUUACAUGAACCGGAUGUAUUCGAGGAAUAUCAAGUCUAAGUGUCUCGCUUUGAUCUACAUGUAUCUAAGUGUCAUCUCUUCUAUCGUCUCUGUGUUUUUCACUUGGUUGAAUGAUUCGAGGGAGAUCUAUUUGGCUUUUUACUGUUUCGGCGGAUGCUGUAUCUUGGGUUUUGUUCUGGUCUUGAUGGCUGUUCCUAGAUGUAAAGACUGGUGCGAAGAGGCUGAAUGGUUGUUGAAGGGUCGUGGGACUGGAGAGCAAAAUUACGAGUUUUUAUUGACCAGUUUUGAAUUGUCAGAUUUCUCCGAGUGAUCAUGCGUCUUUUCCUUGUGUAAAUAUUCGAAUUCUGUGAUACUUUAUCGAUAAAUGAUCGCUUUUCUAUUUUUAAUCUUAUUUUAAUUGUUUCUAUUCAAUUUUUUUAAAUUUAAUUCAAAUAAAAGUUCAAUAUGUAUCUAUUUCCAUAGUAAAAACAAUAUUCCUAAUUCUGCAUAAAUUGAAUCAAAUUGUGUAUCUUUUAUUAUUAUAAUUAUUCUUUUAUAAAAUACAUUUUGAAAGACUAA